UGCUGCCACAGUUGUUGCUGCUGGCAGGCUGGUUUCAUGGCGGCGCAGCCGGUGUCCCAGCUGCUGCGGCGGUUCGUGAGGUCCUGCGCCCGGGGCUGCAGCUCUGUGGCUCCAGUGACGCAGCCCCGGCCCGGGGAGCCCUCGCGACCCUCCACAGAGGAGCUGUCCACGCGGCUACAGUUCCUGCGCGAGCAUGCAGCCCCCUUCUCUGCCUUCCUCACAGACAGUUUUGGACGGCAGCACAGCUAUCUACGGAUCUCCCUCACUGAGAAGUGCAACCUUCGAUGCCAAUACUGCAUGCCUGAGGAGGGUGUCCCCCUGACUCCCAAGGCUGACCUACUGACCACAGAAGAGAUCCUGACACUUACCCGGCUCUUUGUGAAAGAAGGCGUGAACAAGAUCCGGCUCACAGGUGGAGAGCCUCUCAUUCGACCAGAUGUUGUGAAUAUUGUGGCCCAGCUCCAUCAGCUGGAAGGACUGAGGACCAUUGGCGUCACCACCAAUGGUAUCAACCUAGCCCGGUUGCUGCCCCAGCUUCAGAAAGCAGGUCUUAAUGCCAUCAACAUCAGCCUGGACACCCUUGUGCCUGCCAAGUUUGAGUUCAUUGUCCGGAGGAAAGGCUUCCACAAGGUCAUGGAGGGCAUCCACAAGGCCAUUGAGCUGGGCUACAACCCUGUGAAGGUGAACUGUGUGGUGAUGCGAGGACUGAACGAGGAUGAGCUCCUGGACUUCGUGGCUCUGACCCAGGGACUCCCCCUAGAUGUGCGCUUCAUAGAGUACAUGCCCUUCGAUGGCAACAAGUGGAACUUCAAGAAGAUGGUUAGCUACAAGGAGAUGCUAGAUGCCAUCCAGCAGCAGUGGCCGGAGCUGGAGAAGGUGCCAGAGGAAGAGUCUAGCACUGCCAAGGUCUUUAAAAUCCCUGGCUUCCAAGGCCAGGUCAGCUUCAUCACAUCCAUGUCUGAGCAUUUCUGUGGGACCUGCAACCGACUGCGAAUCACAGCUGAUGGGAACCUCAAGGUCUGCCUCUUUGGGAACUCUGAGGUAUCUCUGCGGGACCACCUGCGGGCAGGGGCCUCCGAAGAGAAGCUGCUGAGCAUCAUUGGGGAUGCCGUGGGCAGGAAGAAGCGAGAGCACGCAG